GGGGUCAAGGAGGGGGUGGAGGAGGGGGUCAAGGAGGAGGUCAAGGAAUGGGUCAAGGAUAUCCGCCAGGAUAUGGACAUGGACAAGGACAUGGAGGGGGUUAUGGUUAUUACCAAGGGCAAGGAUAUUCCCAGCAGAGUUACAGUCAAUGGCCAAGAUACGAUGACGUUGGAGUUGUCAAACCGGUCGUCGUCAAACCCGUCGAAGUAGUCAAACCCGUCGUCGGAGUUCUCAAACCUGUCGAAGUUGUCAAACCCGUCGUCGGAGUUCUCAAACCUGUCGAACUCCUCAAACCCGUUGUCGUGCCUGUCGUUGAAAAAUUGGAACACGGAGGCUUGAAACCCGGAGGCUUGAAACCUUAUUCCGACCCCAUGCGUUAUGAUCAAUCCGGCCAAAACCAGAAGGUGUACGACAGAAAAACCCCCCACCAUCCGCAACCCCACCCACGGAGCUGCGAUGUCCAUCUAAACGCGCGAGUCCCGUGUGGAGGCCGUGAUAUCAGUGGGAGUGAUUGUGAGGCCAUUAAUUGCUGCUACGAUGGAGGCCACUGCUACUUUGGGAACACGGUGACCGUCCAGUGUACCAAGGAUGGCCAGUUCAUCGUGGUCGUGUCCAGAGAAUGUACUCUGCCCAACAUUGACCUGGAUACCAUUUCUCUGUUGGGAGAUGGUCAAGGCUGCACACACGUGGACUCCAACUCCGCCUUUGCCAUCUACCAGUUUCCCGUGACCGCCUGUGGCAGCAUCAUUACGGAGGAGCCCGGUAUCAUCGUCUAUGAGAACAGGAUGACCUCCUCGUACGAAGUAGGAGUGGGGCCUCUGGGCGCUAUAACCAGGGACAGCAGCUACGAUUUGCUCUUCCAGUGUCGAUACACCGGCACGUCUGUUGAGACUUUCAUCGUAGAGGUUCAACCAAUAAGUCACCCUGUCUCGGUAUCUGUUUGGGGUCCCAUCCAUGUGGCUCUUAGGUUGGCCAAUGGACAAUGCUUUGCAAAGGGCUGUGUUGAAGAGGAUGUGGCCUAUAGUUCUUACUAUAUGGAAGGAGACUAUCCUGUAACCAAAGUCUUGAGGGAUCCUGUGUACGUGGAGGUUCAACUCAUGGAAAGAACAGAUCCCAAACUUGUCCUGUCCCUCGGUCGCUGUUGGACCACCACCAGCGCAAACCCUCACAGUUUGCCCCAGUGGGACAUUCUGAUCGACGGGUGUCCGAACAGGGACGAUCGUUACUUGACUUCUCUGGUGCCAGUCGGUCCAAACUCUGGUCUGGAAUUCCCGACCCACUACAGGCGCUUCAUUUUCAAAAUGUUCACCUUUGUGGACACCAGCUCACUGGAACCGCAGAACCAACAGGUGUACAUCCACUGCAGCACAUCCAUCUGUGACGCUUCAGCCGGCUACUCCUGUGAGCCGUCGUGCUUCAGGACCAAGAGACAGGCGGAGGACGACGGCCAGAAGACGGUGGAGUCGAGGCCCGUGGUCACCGUGGGACCCGUGGUCAUGGUGAACCGCCAAGACUGAAGGCGGCAGUCGCGACAUUUCAUGAAGGAUUGAAACGGCAUCAUGAUUUGUUAUUUGUGUCCUGGCCUCAAGUGUUCAUCUAUUGGCAGACUGAGGCAGCAAAACGUGCACUGCAGUGAUAAUAAAAUGAGUUCCUCAAAGUCAAACUUGUAUUAAAGAGCUUUUUAUGUGC